CUGAUUUCCCUUCCAGGAAUUGGCUCGGUGAUCGUAUUCGGAACCACGGCUGUGAUUCGUAAGAAGUUUUCGGCCAGUAACUUUUGGAGGGACUGUGUCAAAUACAAUUGUACUGCAAGCCAAUACAUUGGUGAAAUUUGCAGGUAUCUGCUGGCCCAGAAACCUUGCGAAGAAGAAAAGAAACAUCGCGUUCGCCUCAUGUGGGGUAAUGGGCUACGUGCUGAGAUUUGGACCGAAUUCGUGACGAGAUUUGGAAUUCAACGCAUUGGUGAACUUUAUGGCUCUACUGAAGGAAAUUCGAACAUUGUGAAUAUUGACAACCAUGUUGGAUCAUGUGGUUUCUUCCCAAUCUACCCGCAUAUCGGGGGUCUUUACCCCGUACGCCUUAUUAAAGUCGACCAAGAGACCGGAGAACUGAUACGUGAUGCUAAAGGAUUGUGCGUACCAUGUCGACCUGGUGAGCUUGGAGAAAUGGUUGGCGUGAUCAAGAAGGACCUGUUGCUGAAGUUUGAAGGCUACGUGGACAAAGGUGAUACUGAGAAGAAAAUCUAUCGUGAUGUGUUCGCGCAUGGUGAUCAGGUAUUUGCCAGCGGUGACAUUUUGUAUUGGGAUAAACUUGGCUAUUUAUAUUUCAAGGACAGGAGAGGUGACACGUUCAGGUAG